UAGCGUCGGCAUGAGUCGAUUUAAUUCAUUGAAGAGGCAGCUCAACCUGUGCACCUCGAGCAGCCAACUGAUCUGCCUCAUCAAGGCCGCGAUGCAGCUCAAGCAGUGCCGCGAUGAAGGCGUGAUGACGAAGCGCAUGUCAGCCGAGUGCUGGGAUUUCAUCUCGAUGAGUGUUUGGAAGUUGGCAAAGCUGCAGGCUGCUUCUCACAAUCACAAUCAUCACAGCAACCGCAACAGCCGAGAGGAUGGGCCGGGGGAGGUGGUUGAGGGCAUGAAGGAGGAGGUGCUUCAUCUGAUGAAGGAGGCCAUCGUCAGCACAUCGGGUGCCGGCGCUGCUCCCCGAGAUCUAUCCCUUCUCAUGUGGGGCUUUGCAAAGCUGCAAGGGGAGCCGAGGGAGGUGCUGCCUGCUGCUGCUGGUGCCGGUGUUUUCAUCGACGGUGACGUCUACGGCGUUCUGGCAGAGGCGUCCACCAAGGCGAUGAGAGCCUUCAAGGCGCAGGACAUCGCCAACACUCUGCAGGCCGUCUCUAUUCUACAGCUGCGGGAUGAGGCGCUUGUCACGGUGGCGCUGCAGCGGGCGCUCAGCAUCAUGGACACCUUCACGCCUCAAGGCAUCACUACGGUCCUCUCGUCGGCGGCCAAGCUGCAGCUGCCCCCUGCCGCCACCCUGAUGAACAGUUUGUUUGAUCAGCUCGGCGAGAGGAACAGCCACCUGGUUGCUGAGUGCGACGCCCGCGGCCUGGCCACCCUCUUGCAGGCACUGGCCGCCAGACCCACAGAGCCAUGCAGCGACCGGCUGCGGCUGCGGGAGGCGAUGCUAUCUCGACUGCGGGUGCUGCUUACCGACAAGGGCGGGGAUGGUUUAUCUUCUGCUGACGGUGCUCUCACUCUCUGGUCCCUCGCCACACUGGGAUGGCGGCCCGCCGACGACGUGCUGCAGCGACUCGGUGAUUUGUCGGUCAAGUGGUACACCACAACCUCCUCAUUGCUAUAUGGCGGCCCCGCACCCAGCCCACGUGACGCAGCCACGACGAUAUGGUCCCUGGCGAAGCUCGACUGCCACCACAGGCCAGCCGCACACGCAAUUAUGUCGUCCUUCGUCCGGCAACCUUACGACUACGGCCCGCAGCCAUUCAGCAUGCUCGUGUGGGGCGUGGCCAAGCUGGGUUUGCGGAGCCAGGACUUCCAGGCGGCUUUGGCGAAUGUGGCCCUCAAGCACGCGUCGGCACAGCAGCUGUCUCUCCACCAGGCCGUGCUGGUCAUCUGGAGCGUGGCUGCCCUCGACCACCGCAACUCGGCCCUCAACAAGGAGCUCUUCGCCAUCGUGCGCAAAGGGUUCCUCCAUCUGACUCCCCAGCAGGUGGCCAACGUGGUGUGGAGCAUCGCCCGUCUGAAGGCCAAGGAGGAGCCACUGCUGGCCUCACUCGCCAUCGUGCUCAAGAAGAAUGCCCCCGCUUUCACGCUUCAGCAGCUGGGCUCCCUUUUCUGGGCACUCGCCACCCUCAAAUGGCGCGACGACGCCCUGUUUGCCCUCCUCUGUGCCGAGGCGGCCAAACAGCUCAGGUACACGAAGCCAGCGUCUAGCGGCAGGAGGGCAAAGACGACGUGCCACUGUGCUUGUGUGUGUGCAGGUCAGGCAAGUCAGCUGAUGCUCAAGUGAUGUCCAACAUCCUGGGAGCCUUGGGCGAGCUCGGCAUCAGGGAUUUCGACCUGCUUGGCGCGGCGGUGGCGAGCAUGGGCCGUCAGCCAAUGAGGAUGACGCCGCCCAACCUCGCCAACACCCUCGUCGCAUACGCCCGGCUGCAGCACAGAGACGAGCCCGCCCUCACAGCUCUCAGCGAUGCGGUGCUGCUGCACGGGAAUCGUGGGUCAGGAUCUCGCCUGUCAGCACAGCAGCCGAGAGGCGGGAUGUACGGCAGCCCCUAUGGCCUCCUCUCUGACAACAGUUCGCCAGAUAGCCGCCGUGAUGCACCAUCGACUCAAGAGGAGAAGCCCACCACCCCCACCAGCACGACCACCACGAGGCUGCCUCCCAGCUUCUCGGGUCAGCAUCUGGCGAGCAUUCUCUAUUCGUUCGGCAAUCUGCGAUAUCGGCACGAAGGCGUUCUGAGCGCACUGGCUGACACGAUCCUCGACAGGAUCGAUGCCAAUCCGUCUCUGGGGUACGGUGGGGCAGACGACGAGUGGCUCUACCUCGCUCUAUGGGGGUUCGCAAUGUGCUCUUACUGGGACCAUUCUGUGAUCCCGGCGUUGUUCAAGGCAGUGGCACGGCACUCGACAAGACUGCGCGACAAGGGGCUUCUGGACGACAGCGGCAACACACACUCGCGCAUCCUGAACCAGGCCUACCAGGCCCUCCUCGCCCAGCACCGGCUCGGCGGCCGGCCGCCCAUCGACCUCCCGAGAGACCUCAUCAACUUGUGGAAGCGGAAGUUUGUGGAGCAGCGGAUUGUCGUCAGUUCGUUCCACCACUCGUUCAUCACACGGCUGCGCGGCCUGGUGACCGCCGGACAGCAUGAGGGGGCCGGGUGGACAGUGCAGGUGGAGCACAGGACGGAGGACGGCCUCAGUGUCGACGCAGUACUCAUCGGCCCACAGCACAGGGGCAUUGCCAUCGAGUGCAAUGGGCCGUCUCACUAUCUGACGUUCCACGCCAGCCACGCGGCUCAGGACGACUGUGUGGAGCUUGAGCACCUGACCUUCUGUGCGGCAUCUGAUGAGGAGUUCCCCCACGCACACAGGGGGGCAGACACAGGGGCAGACGGCAAGAAAGGCCGAGUGCGGGUGGCUGUGGGCGAGUUGGCCCGCUAUGACGCUGCCGGGAGCUUCCACCACAAGAUCAUGAGGCACGAUGAUGCCACUGGGGGCGGUGUGACGUGCGCCACACCUUGUUUAUUGAACGGCAGCAGUGCGUGGAAGAGGUCUGUGCUGCGUGCGGGUGGGUGGGAUGUGGUGGCUGUGCCGUCGUUCGUGAGUGAGGAGGAGAGUGUGCGGAUGAUAGAAAGGGCCAUGAGGGGCCACCACACCAGAUGAAUCAAUCGUACUGUGCGCUAGCUGUGUCUACUCCGUUGACCUGACAAACAAACCCG